GACACUGGGGGCGGGGUUUGUGCUUGGUUGUGAGACGGUGGCUGCUGCUUAUCAGGAAGCUCCCCCAGUAUCCAGCAGCCAGUUAUCCCGGCGGGCUCUGACUGACACACGGGUUGUGCAGCGGCGGCAUGGCCUCUCUGACAGCAGAGGAGAGCGGCUCCUACAAGGUGCGGUCGGUAUCUGUCGAUCUGAACACUGACCCAUCUCUGCAGAUUGAUAUUCCAGAUGCCCUGAGUGAGAGAGACAAAGUCAAGUUCACUGUCCAUACAAAGACCACACUAAGCACUUUUCAGAGUCCGGAGUUCUCCGUGAUACGUCAGCAUGAAGAUUUCAUCUGGUUACAUGAUGCUCUUACCGAAACUGAGGAGUAUGCGGGUUUUAUUAUUCCACCAGCACCUGCAAAACCUGACUUUGAUGGACCCAGAGACAAAAUGCAGAAGCUGGGUGAAGGAGAGGGAUCCAUGACAAAGGAUGAAUUUGCCAAAAUGAAACAGGAAUUAGAAGCUGAAUAUCUGGCGGUGUUUAAAAAGACUGUAUCGGUCCACGAAGUCUUUCUCCAGAGACUUUCCUCUCACCCUAUCUUGAGCAAAGACCACAACUUCCAUAUAUUCCUGGAAUAUGACCAAGAUUUGAGUGUGAGGAGGAAAAAUACCAAAGAGAUGUUUGGUGGAUUUUUCCGAAGCAUGGUGAAAAGUGCAGAUGAAGUUCUUCUUUCUGGAGUAAAGGAAGUUGAUGAAUUCUUUGAGCAAGAAAAAAUGUUCCUUGUCAAUUACCACAAUAGGAUCAAGGAUUCCUGUAUUAAAGCUGACAAAAUGACAAGAUCCCACAAAAAUGUUGCUGAUGACUACAUCCAUAUUUCGGCUGCAUUGACCUCACUAGCUGAUGAGGAGAACACUCCAGUUAGAAAAUACUUACUAAAGCUGGCAGAGUUAUUUGAAAAACUCCGGAAAGUAGAGGCCAGAGUUGCAUCAGAUGAAGACUUAAAACUGUCUGAACUGUUAAGAUACUACGUGCUCAAUAUUGAGGCAGCCAAGGACCUGUUGCACAGAAGGACAAAGAGACUGGGUGAAUAUGAGAAUUCUAACAAAGCUCUUGAUAAAGCUAGGUUGAAAAGCAAAGACGUGAAACAGGCGGAGUUGCAUCAGCAAGAGUGCUGCCAGAAGUUUGAGAAGCUCUCAGAGUCUGGGAAACAAGAGCUGAUUAGCUUCAAACGAAGGAGAGUAUCCGCCUUUCGGAAAAACCUUGUGGAGAUGACAGAACUAGAAAUCAAGCAUGCCAAGAAUAACAUCUCCUUAUUACAAAGCUGCAUUGAUCUCUUUAAGAACAGCUAAACUGAGUGAGAUGAUGACCUCAAGAAGCAAAUUGCACUUCCGCCAUCCUGAGCAGAGCAGCUGCGUAGUUACAUGUGAUCUUACCUUUGUGUCUUAGAAGAUUACCAUGGUAUAAGUCCACUCGUCAAUGUUUGUAAAGAUGGAAAAAUCUAAAAUUACUUCUUCUAGAGAUGACAUAUUUUCUUUAAUCUUUUCAUAAAAAAGUUUACGCUGAUAUUUUCAAAGUAUUUUUCGCUUGAGCUAUUUUUUCAGCGAAAUACGUUUUUCUGCAUUGUAUAUAUAUAAAGCUAUACACUAGGUUCUAAAUUUAUAUUCCUUUGUUUUGAAAAUACUGCUUUACCUAGUAAUAAAAUGGUCAAAUUUAGAGAGAGCCCGUCA